UCUUCGUCUUCAAGAAACUUUACCUCGAGAAAGAUGGGUCAAGGAACACCAGGCGGAAUGAACAAACAGGGAGCAGAUCAGCAGGCACCAGGAGAUGGAAGAAACGAUGGUGCUGAUAACAAGAAAGGGAAGAAGCACUUUGAACCACCAACAAGAGUUGGUCGAAAACAGCGAAAACAAAAAGGAUCAGAAACAGCAACAAGAUUACCAGCAGUAACACCAUCAGCUAAAUGUAAACUUCGAUUAUUAAAACUUGAAAGGAUUAAAGACUAUUUGUUAAUGGAAGAAGAAUUUGUGAACAAUCAAGAGAGAUUGAAACCACAAGAAGAUAAGCAUGAAGAAGAGAGAUCUAAAGUUGAUGCGAUAAGAGGUACACCUAUGAAAGUUGGUAACCUCGAAGAAUUUGUUGAUGAGAAUCAUGUUAUUGUUUCUUCUGCUACUACGUCUGAUUCUUAUGUUGGGGUUAUGUCUUUUGUUGAUAAAGAUCAACUUGAACCUGGUUGUGCUGUUCUUAUGAAUAACCAGACUCACCAUGUUGUUGGGCUUCUUCAAGAUGAUGUUGACCCCAUGGUGUCUGUUAUGAAGGUGGAGAAGGCUCCAAUGGAAUCGUAUGCAGCCAUUGGUGGAUUAGAUGCACAGAUUCAGGAAAUUAAAGAGGCAGUUGAGCUUCCACUUACUCAUCCUGAGUUGUAUGAAGAUAUUGGUAUUAAACCUCCCAAGGGAGUCAUCCUUUAUGGAGAGCCUGGAACAGGAAAGACCUUGCUUGCUAAGGCAGUGGCCAACUCAACAUCAGCUACUUUCUUGCGUGUUACUGGAAGUGAAUUGAUCCAGAAGUACUUGGGAGAAGGUCCAAAGUUAGUCAGGGAACUUUUCAGGGUUGCUGAUGACCUUUCACCUUCCAUUGUCUUCAUUGAUGAAAUUGAUGCAGUUGGUACUAAAAGGUAUGAUGCACAUUCGGGAGGUGAGCGUGAGAUUCAGAGGACCAUGUUAGAGCUGCUGAACCAGUUGGAUGGUUUUGAUUCAAGAGGAGAUGUUAAGGUUAUUCUUGCAACAAACAGAAUUGAAAGUCUUGAUCCUGCCUUGCUAAGGCCUGGACGAAUAGAUAGGAAAAUUGAAUUCCCUCUUCCUGACACCAAAACAAGGAGACACAUUUUCCAGAUUCAUACUUCAAGGAUGACACUGGCAGAUGAUGUUGACUUGGAAGAGUUUGUGAUGACUAAGGAUGAGUUCUCUGGAGCUGAUAUCAAGGCUAUCUGUACUGAGGCAGGUUUGCUUGCCUUGAGAGAACGACGUAUGAAGGUGACACACCCAGACUUUAAGAAGGCAAAGGAGAAGGUUAUGUACAAGAAGAAAGAGGGAGUGCCUGAAGGACUUUACAUGUGAACAGCCCAGGGGAGAGCUUUUAGAUCCUUCAGAAUAUUUGCUUGUCAUUUCCUUGUUUAGAUUUUGUUUCCGUUAUAGGUAUAUUGUUUCUUUACUAUAUUAUUUAACUUCAUAAGAACAGUAGUUACAGUACUGCAAGUCCUGUAACCUCACCAUGGCUAUUUGAUCUUUGCAAUUUCUUUAUCGUCGGUU